CCCCCCCCCCGGGUCGCGGCGCUGCUGGUAAAUGGCUGCUGCGGGGUGGCUGCCCGGGCCUCCCCGUAACGGCAGGCGCGGCGCCGGGCAGCGGCCGCGCCUUCCCGAGGGGCGGGCGGUGGUCCCGGCACACGCUCCCGCUGCAGGGCGCCUUGUGGGGCCGGCCCGCGGCUGUGCGGGGCCUGGUGAGGGGAAACCCGCCAGGGGAGACCGGAGCGAGCCCCGCGUGUGUCGUGUGCCGGCCGGGAGCGCUGCCGGGAGCGGCCCCCCGUGCUCUGGAGGCGGAACGGAGCUGAGGGUGGGAGGCAUGUGCACGAUACAGGGGCUGCCGGGGACGCUGCCGGGCCUGCGGGCUGCCCGCAAGGGUUUGCGCCUGCGGGCUGAGCGCCUGGUGGGGAUGGAUGCUGCAGUCUGUUACCGUGGCGCUUGGCCUUCUGGGCUACAGGAAUGUUUGGGGAGGGGGAGCCUCGGCACCCAGCAGAACAACAGCUGUUUUAGGAACGGGCCCUGUGUAGCGUACGAGAGCGCUGAUGACAAGAGGAUAGCAGAGACCAAGGCUUCAGCGAGCAACUUCCCUGUGAACAAGCAGCUUGCAAGUCUCAGGGUCUUGCCAUCUGAAUCCCGCUCUUGGACCUGCAGCUCACCUUGCAGCACAGAAACAGCCACUGAAAGAUGAGGGGAAAAGGGGUUAAAGAGCCUUCCCUUUCACCUUACGCAAAUAUGCAAGAAAUACUUGGACAUGAAAGGUAUGUCAGGAGUGCUGUUGGGAGGAGGGACAGCUGUUUGUUUUUUGUCCUCCCCCAAAGUACAAUCUAUUUAAAUAUUUACACGAUCUCUUGCUAAAAGGCUUUCUUUUCUUUCCUAUACUUUUCUGGUUUAUUAUUAAGUUAUGAAUGGGGAGAGGGAGAGAUUUGUAAUUGCUAAUUCUUCUACUUUGUUGAAAAUAGUAUCUGUAGUUUUGAUUACUCGGAGAGGGAUGGUAAUUUCACUGAGGCUUGUGCUUUGCUGUUUAAUAUUGUUCCUUCUUUUCAUAUACUUUAUAUCUUUUAUGAUCUUAAUAGGCUCUCUGAACAUACAGUAAAACCAGGACAUUUCAGACAAUACAACCUUGAAGAGAAAGUGGAAUGCUAAUAUUAUAUGCAAAUCAUUUCAGAAGAUUGAUAGUAUAGAUUAAAUAAAGCACUUGUAAAUGCAAGCAUUAUAUAUUCAGUAUUUUGUAAACGGUUCCGAAUGGCCGCUAGGUCCUUCACCGAUGAACACACACCUGUUGUAGCCUUGGUCACACCCUAUUUAUCUGUUCUGUGUAGACUCUCCUACUAGGUCACUGCAUCUAAAAUUGUAGAACUAGUCAAGGCACCUACUUGGGUUAGUUCAAAGAAUCAGCAAUAUUUAGUGACAUGAAAGCAUCUUGAAUUACAAAGCUCUUGCAAGGGUGGGGAAAGUAAAAAACAGAGCUCCUUAGGGUCCAGAGAAAAGACUUCAGCAAGUUAUCAAUAUUACACCUAGGAAGUAAUUUUUAAAAGAUCAACAGAUGAGAGGAGACACUGCAGUUAAACAUGUCUGUGGUCUUUGUUGGAUGAGACCUUGAUCAUUAUUCACAGUUCAAAAUUAAAGGUAUUUUAGCUCAAUGUAAAAUGAAUUUUAUAAGGAAUGUUCUGCACGCAAUGUGGACAAGACAUAAUUUGGAGGUAGUUUAGCAUGAGGAUGGCUCUCUGAUUUGGCAGUAGGCAGUAAACAUCUCAUGUUCUCUUUUCACAGUCAUAGUUUUGUCAGACACGCAACUGAUGUACAAGAGCUGUUUGUUUUGAAGGAUAGCAUGCGUGUACCCUAGGUAGCCUUCAAAGAGUAAAGAUUCCCCCUUUACUGUUGAAGUGCCUGAUAGAGCUCUGCAAGGCUUUGGCAAGGUCAGUACUUCCUUCUCUAAAGUUUGCAGCCCUGUGAUCGUUAUUUUGGAAAUAAUCCUUUACUCUUUUCUAUAAUUACCCAUGUAAUCCCUUUGUCAACGACUGCGGCGAAACUUGCAAUUAGAAGUUAAGCAGAAAACACAUUUUAGUAUCUGUAGGCUCAGGUGGAGGAAAGAUUUCAAGUACAUGCCUGAUUUUAAGUGGCCGUACAUGUGACGGUGUGAUCUAAAUCUCAGAUAGAGCUGGAGUUUAGUUAGGGUCCAGAG